GCUCCUGUAGCAGAUCCCCCCUUUACCGCUGUCUCUUUUUCCUCACACAGCAUGGAUCCUUUCUACAACUUUAUUUCGGUGAUUUAGAGUUGGUUUGUGUUUGGCUUUGGGAAUAAGGGACUUCGUGACCUCUUCUGGACACCAUGUUUACCACCACCGGCUCUCGGGGGCUGUACAAGGCUCCUCUGUCUAAAGGCCUCCUGCUGGUUCUCAAUUGUCUGACUGUGAUGCUCACCCUGCUGCCUCAGUACCAAGAGCUGUUCGUAUACACUCUGCAGGUCACACAGCACCAGGUGUGGAGGUUGUUGUUUGGCAGGCUGAUCUGUCUGGACGUGAAGGACGCCUUCUGUAGCAGCCUGCUCAUCUACAACUUCAGAAUCUUUGAGAGGAGGUUUGGAACCAGGAAGUUCGCUUCCUUCCUGUUUGGCACGUGGGUUCUCUCUGCACUGAUGGACUUCCUGCUGGCUCAGGCUUUCCAGUUUCUGUUUGACUAUGAGGUGGAUGAACUGCCCUCAGGACUGAUCGCUCCGGUCUUCUCUCUGGUCGUGCCUUUCUACCGGCUGAUCCCCAGCAUGCCGGUCACCCAGGUCCUGGGCCACAUCCACAUCACCAACAAGUCUCUGGUCUACAUAGUAGGCUUGCAGCUGUUGACGUCCGGUCCCUUCAUGUGGCUCGUUGCGCUCAGUGGACUUAUCUCAGGCGGACUGUACCACUCCAAUUUCCUGUGGAUGCAGAAGCUCCUCUUUGUACCUGCCUGGGUGUCUUGUAUUGGGCGGUAUAUUCUAGAGCCUCUCUUUUCAACCUCCCAGCCGAGCAGUGAGACCCCUGUGGGGAUGGGGGCCACUCUGGACAUCCAGAGGCAGCAGAGGAUGGACAUUCUGGACCAGCAGCUGAUGUUGGCCCAAUACAACGAGUCCACGAGGAACACCAGGCCACAGCCGCAGCCACAGCCUGGGUUCUUACAGUGGACCAGGUUGUUCCCCUCCCUCAGGCAGAGAGGACCGAACCGCCCCCCGAUGCAGCCCCGCCCCCAGGCUGAGGCUCCACCCUCCACACAGUCUCCGCUGCUGGACAACUCUCCUGUGGCCGAGGAGCAGGUUGCCCUGUUGGUGGAAAUGGGCUUUACCAGGACAGAUGCCCUGGAGGCCCUCAGAGCUUCAAACAACGACAUAAACAUGGCGACCAAUUUCCUCUUGCAACACUGAGAGAGUGAGAGAGCAAACAGAGGAAGACAGAGAAAGAGAUCAGGAAGAGGAGAAACCAAAGGAGCGAAAAGCAACACGGAGGAAAUGAAAGACAAUGAAUGAUGGAUAAAUUGUACAGACUGUGUCACUGCUCGCUGAAGCAGUUGUCAGGCUGACUCAACCUGAACCAGUUCCGAUAUCAGGCUGAUUAAUGAAGAGGUGUGAAGCACAAGCUGGGAGACAUUUGCGUCAUCGCUUUCUGAAGGCCGCUGUAGUGUGAAACAGGUGUCAUAGCUCAAGGCAGACGAGUUACACCUCUAGAUCUGAGGGGUUUCCUGGGAAAAAUAUACGGCAGUGAAGAGAAUAUGAGGUGAUUAUUUCCUUGAGGCUGAAGCACAGGAAUCAGCUGCCAUCCCACUUACAGCUGUUGGAAAUAACAUUUUAUAAAACCCACUGUCCUGUAAUGACACUCUACUUUCAAAACGGCUUACCAUCAGAAACAGGUUUAUUGCCAAGUAGGUUAACACAUUUGCUUUGGUGUAUAACUAGCAUCUUAGACCCUGAUUACUGCUAAGAAAUGAUCAAUAUGACAACGAAAAAGAGCAUUUCAAAUGGAUUUUACGCCAUUCAUUGUUGGAUAUAUUUUUUCUUCACAAAGACAACAGGAGUAAAACAUGAAUGAAGCACCUGCUAGAAGUUUAUGAUUUAACUACAGGAGGUGCAGUGUUUCAUAGAAGUUGCAGGGCUCCACCCUUUCCUGCGUGCGAUGUUUUAACAAAGCCUCACUGACAGUAACUGUAGGAGCCACUUUUCUCCAUUCGUCCCUCUAAAAGUACAUUGUGGGUGACAGACAGCUAUCUCAGGGUCUUUGAUGCGACUUCUCCCAAAAAUGACGACAUCAUAUUUACAGACAUGGGUGCCCAUACGUAAACAAAGUAUCCAUUUGAGGAGGAGGUCAUGUUUCACACUAUUGUUUCUGUAUUAUGUCAUUUCAUGCACUCACUCCCCAGAUUUUAUUUAUUCUGUCUUAACUGAGUUUGAGUCUUUCUCUACCAGCACACAUGUCUGGAUAUUGUUAAAUCUUAAAAGGCUGGUGAUAUUUAUUAUGCAAUAUCAUGAAAAGAGACAUUUAUGGAGACUAUGUACGGCAUAGUUUCUACUUUGUGUAUAUAAACAUGUACGAGAGAAGAAACAUUGCAGCCACUGUGUAUUGAUGUCAAAGACAUGCUAGUUUUAUAUUUUGUGCGUAAUUAUUAAUAAUAUAUGACCACUGAGAUGAGUGUCAUUUCUGUGUAUGUAUUCUAAGAGUGGUAUAAUAGUAUAUGGGUGUGAUGAGGAAGUUGUUGCAUGGACAACUUUCUGGUGAAUUGUAAUGAAUCAUUUGAUCUGAAGAAUAAAUCAAAUGUCAAACACAAUUUUUGCUAA